AUGACAGCUCCACACCCUUUGGACUUGUCGCACCACUACUCUUACGCCACAAAGAACAAGAAACCCAGCAGUGUCAAGAAUUUCUAUAAAUAUUUCCAAAUACCCGGAAUUGCCAAUUUCGCUGGAGGUUUGCCCCAUGCAUCCUACUUCCCCUACGAUACACUCGAAGCCAAAGUCGCCCUCCCCCAGCGAUUCCAAUCCAAUGACAAAAAUCCCCACUCCGUCCGAGUAACAGUCCCAAAAGAAGACCACACAAAAGAUCUCGCUCGGAAAAUCGACCUAACCACCGCCCUCCAAUACGGCACCGCCGGAGGAUACCCACCUCUGAGUAAUUUUCUGCGCUCGUUCGCACGAGACCAUCUCCAUCCCAAUGUACCCUAUAGAGAUGGUCCGGAGGUCCUGCUGACAUGUGGAUCGACCGAUGGCUUUGCCAAGGCCAUUGAAGCAUUCACGAAUAUAUGGAAUCCCGACCGGGAUUGGAUCCAACAGCGCGAGGGUGUCUUGUGCGAGGAGUUUGCCUAUAUGAAUGCUAUUCAGACAGUUGCGCCGCGCGGCUUGAAUGUCGCCGGUGUGGUCAUGGAUGGACAGGGUAUGCUCGCGAGUGGGAAAGGCGGGUUGCAGGAUGUGUUGGAGAAUUGGGAUUUCCGGCUUGGCCGUCGGCCUCAUUUGAUGUAUACAGUGCCAACUGGCCAAAAUCCAACUGGUGGAACACUUUCUGUUGAGCGCCGAAAGGAAAUCUAUGCCCUUUGCCAGAAAUACGAUGUGAUUAUCAUCGAGGACGAGCCAUACUGGAACUUGCAAUUUCCAUCCGCUUAUGAGAAGACGAUUCAUCACCGUGGCUCAUCCUCAGAACCAAAUCUCUACACCAAGGACUAUAACGCAGAGGGCAAGUCCUCAGGCUAUGCUUACCUGGACUCUCUCGUCCCCUCGUAUCUGUCCAUCGACAUCGAGGGCCGGGUAGUGCGUCUCGACACAUUCUCCAAAACUAUUGCACCGGGUAGUCGUCUCGGCUGGAUCACUGCACAGCCGGCUAUUAUUGAACGUCUCACUCGCAUAACGGAAGUGACAACUCAGCAACCAUCCGGAUUCGUUCAAUCAUUGAUAGCAGAGAUGAUCGUUGGACAGGAUGAUGACGAUAAAUCCGCGAAAGCAUCGAAGCUGGUUCCGGGCUGGCACAUGGAUGGCUGGGUGCGGUGGUUGGAAGGGUUACGCGCCGGCUAUGAAACGCGCAUGCAGGCUAUGUGCACGAUUCUGGAAGAGAACAAGUAUCUCUUCCAUGGAUCGAAAAGCCACGAUGACUGGGAGGUCCUUGAUCGAGUGCAGAUGUAUGAUUUCGUCUGGCCCAUGGGUGGGAUGUUCGCUUGGAUUGAUGUUCAUUUCGAUACACAUCCCUUGCGCUCACAAUAUACCUCCGAGAAACUCUCCCAGGCACUUUGGAUUCAUCUGACCCAGAAGCCGCAUUUGUGUCUUGUGGGCCCUGGCACGAUGUUCGCUGCGACUCCAGCGUCUGCUGCGAAGGCUCAUAGGUAUAUUCGGGUGGCUUUUGCCCCUAUGGAGGUUGACGAGGUGGCGCCUCUCACCCAGAGAUUGGUGGAGGGGUUCCGGUCAUUUUGGCUGCGCAAGGAUCUUGAUGGGUUGAGUGGCGAUGAUGAGACAGUGGAUGCUUUGGAUCUACCAGGUGUCAACUUUUUAGGGAAUGGGUGCUGA